AUGAUACAACACAGAUCUCCACUGAAGAAGAGAGCCGUUCUGACGUCAAAGAACGUAAACAUAAUAAGCACUGGGAACUCGAUAACAAAACCAACCGGUAGUACAUCAAGCCAUGGUUCACCCAGAAGAAUCAAGACUAAACUCGACGUGGAGCGGGCUCUACAGAAGAGUCCAGUGAAACAAGUUUUCUCUAUCAAAAGGGGGUCACCCAAGAAGAAGGGUGACGACGAUCCUUCAUCAUUCGCCUUUUAUGAAGAAUCGGAAGAAGAUCGGGCAGUGGCCUUAAUGAGACACGUCUCAUUGAGAAGGAAAGCUGUACACGACGAGAACGAGCAAGAACUAGAGAAUAUAGAUGAGAAUAAACUUGCGAAAGUACGAGCACAGGCCACUCAAAACAGAGGCUCUAACGGAACAGCCAUAUCGCCACUGCAAGACUUGGACAUCGAGUUGUUUCCUGGUACAAUCCAAUAUAGAGGUUUUAGUCAAGAACACCAUCUUAAUUUACACUUGAACCAUACCCGUAAGCUACCAGAGUACAUCACUCCGCCAAGAAACGCCAAAUUAAAGGAUUUCUUUGUUCAUGAAACACAUGUUAACGACAAGGAUCAAGUCUUUUCGAAGACCACAGAUGAUAUUAAUGCUAACAAAGUGGUGAGGAAACUUCAAUUCUGCAUCGAUGAGAACAGAUGA